AUGCCUCCUUCACUUGGAUCCGCGACCAUCAAACAUGGCAUCAGCAAAAUGCCGCACGUUGCCAUUGUCGGGGCCGGCAUGGCCGGACUUCGAUGCGCAGAUGUCCUGGCACGCAGCGGCAUCAAGGUCACCAUGUUCGAAGCCAGGAACCGUAUCGGCGGCCGAAUCCAUCAGAUACAGUCUGGCGGAUACUUGAUGGACAUGGGCCCAAACUGGAUCCAUGGCACCAAAGGAAACCCGAUCAUGGAGCUGGCUCAAAAGACCAACACCGCCGUGAUCAGCCCAGACGAGGAUGGAGCACUCUUCGACACUCAAGGUCGUCGUCGUCCCGAUACCCAAGCCACGCAGCUAUCAGGGACUAUCUGGGGAAUGGUGAUUGAUGCGUUCAAGCAUUCGGACGACCACACAGAUACCAUCGAUCCUAACACGAGUCUUUACGACCAUUUUCGGACUGUCCUGGCGAAACAGUCCCUAACCAAAGAUGAAGAAUAUGAUCUUCUUCGUGAAUCUGAAAUGUGGGGACCCUUUGUCGGCGAUCCAAUCCAGACACAAAGUCUUAAGUUCUUCUGGCUGGAAGAAUGUAUUGAGGGCGAGAAUGUCUUUGUCGCCAGUACGUACAAGGACAUUCUCAAGUCUAUUGGCGACCAGGUCGUCUCACAUGACCUUGUCGACCUGCACCUUGAUAGUGAAGUGAUCCGGAUCAAGAGGUGCGACAUCGUCGUCGAGACAGGGGACACGGCAGUGACGAAACAAGUACAAGUGACCAUCUCAAAUGGUUGUGUCCAAGACUUUGACCAUGUCGUCGUCACCUGUCCGCUUGGCUGGCUUAAACAACACGGCGAAUCCGUCUUCAGUCCUCCUCUACCAACUCGCUUGUGCCAGGCCAUCGACCAUAUCAACUACGGGCGGUUAGAGAAACUGUACAUUACAUUUCCACGAGCAUUCUGGCUAGGACCACCUUCGAUCGACUCGACCAGUAAUACUAGCUACCCGCUCUUCACCCACUUCCAAGACCCAGAUUACAUCGCCCACCCAGCCGAUCAACCAUGGAAUCAAAACGUCGUAUCGCUAGCCCAUCUCCCAUCCCCACACUCCCACCCCACACUCCUCUUCUACAUGUACGGCCCAUGCGCGACGCAUCUAGUCAGUCAAAUCAAGGACCACCCUGUAGACUCCCAUCAAUACCGAGAAAUCCUCGACACAUUCGCCCACCCGUUCUACACUCGUCUACCACAUUACUCAGACACUGACUCAGCAUGUCACCCAACCUCAUUCCUCAUAACCCAAUGGCAGAACGACGAGUUCGCCGGUCAUGGCAGCUACUCAAACUUUCAGGUCGGGUUGGAACGUGGGGAUGAGGAUAUCGAGGUCAUGCGCGACGCGGGUGGGUUGACGAAUAAAGGUAUUUGGUUUGCUGGCGAACAUACAGCUCCUUUUAUUGCGAUUGGCACUACAACUGGCGCUUAUUGGAGUGGUGAGGCGGUGGCGAGGAGGAUUUGUUUGAGUCAUGGGAUUCAUAUGGAUGAAAAUGGGGAUGCAUUAGAAAGCAUAGGCUUGGAAAAGAAGAAGGAUCUUGUGGAGGGCAAAUCCGAUGCGGCUAGUUUGAAUGGUUUGGCGAUCUAGGAAACCGCCAGGUCAUUAAGUCUUCAUGAGCCCAUUUGCGUCAUAUCAUUAGACUGGUCUGUAUAUAGAGCGAGCCCAUGCAGUGCAGUGCAGCGCAUUUUUCUUUUUUUC